AUGUGCGCGGCGGAGGUGGACCAGCACGUCGCGCAGAGGUACCAGCUCAAGCGGCGGCUCGGGAAGGGGGCCUAUGGCGUCGUGUGGAAGGCGGUGGAUCGGAGAACUGGCGAGGUGGUCGCCAUCAAGAAAAUCUUCGAUGCUUUUAAAGAUCAGACCGACGCUCAGAGGACCUACCGCGAGAUCAUGUUCCUACAGGAAUUUGGGGACCAUCCCAAUAUCAUCCGUCUCCUCGACGUGGUCCGUGCAGAAAAUGACAGGGACAUCUACCUGGUGUUUGAGUCUAUGGACACUGACCUGAACGCCGUCCUCCGCAAGGGCGAGCUGCUGAAGGACAUCCAUAAGCGCUACAUUUUCUGCCAGCUCCUGCGGGCCACCAAGUUCAUCCACUCGGGGAACGUCAUCCACCGGGACCAGAAGCCGUCCAACGUUCUCCUGGACGCCAGCUGCCAGGUGAAGCUCUGUGACUUCGGCCUAGCCCGCUCCCUGAGCCGGCUCCCGGAGGGGCCCGAGGGCCCGGCCCUGACGGAGUACGUGGCCACGCGCUGGUACCGCGCGCCGGAGGUGCUGCUGUGCGCACCCUGGUACACUCCCGGGGUGGACAUGUGGAGUCUGGGGUGCAUCUUGGGGGAGAUGCUGCGCGGGCGGCCCCUGUUUCCGGGCUCGUCCACCCUCCACCAGCUGGAGCUGAUCCUGGCGAGCGUGUCGCUGCCCCCGGAAGAGGACUUCCCGGCUCUGGGCUCAGGCUACAGCGCCUCGUUUUUGCACCGCCUGGGGGCCGGGCCACGGCAGACGCUGGACACCCUUCUACCGGCCGACACCCCCCCAGAGGCCCUGGACCUUCUCGGCCGGCUCUUGGUGUUUUCCCCAGACAAGCGGAUAAGCGCGGCCCAAGCCCUGCAACACCCCUACGUGCAGAGGUUCCACUGCCCGGCCCGCGAGUGCACUCUGGAGGCAGACGUGCGGCUGCCGGUGCACGAAGGGCUGCGGCUCUCGGCCUCGGAGUACCGCAGCCGCCUCUACCAGAUGAUACUGGAGCGGAGAGGCAAAGGGCCCCGCCAGAGGCAGGAGGGCCCGGGGGGCGCGCCACCAGGGGGAGGGCCCCGGACCUCCGGGCCCCGGGAGCACCCGCUCAAGGCCAGAGUCGUCCCGCAGCCCUCCUCGGGGCCGCCUGCGCAGAACCCCGGAGCCAGGCCGCAGAGCAGCCCCGCUCAUGACCUUGCGCACGGAACCCCAGGAGGAGCCAGGAACAUUCCCAGGCAGAACUCCAGGCCCCUGCUCCAGCCUGCGCCCCCAGAAGGCCCCAGGAAGAGGGGAAGGCCCCCUGGGGCAGCGGCGGAGUCCCCAUGGGCACCCGCAUGGGUGAAGCCCCACGUUAGGGGGUCAGCACCCUCCCUGACCUUGCAGGCUGCGGCCCAGGUGGCCAACCAGGCUCUGAUCCGAAGGGAGAGGAAUCGGGAUCGUGGGGUGCGAGAGCCUGGCGCCCAACGGGAGACUCGCCCCGAGCCCCGACCUGGCCGGAGAAUGUUCCCUGUCCGUGCCUCGCACGGGGCCCAGGAUGCCGCCAGGGCCUCGCUUGGGGACUACUCCCAAGCCUACGGAACUGUCUGUCUGUCCGCCCUGGGCCGCCUGCCCCUGGCCCCGGGGCCGCGGGCCUGA